AAGACUCUCUCCAGAAGAAACAAAAAAGUGUUGAUCUAGUAAAUAUGAAAAUGUGUGCCAAUUACAAUCUAUUUUUAGUUAAAUUAAGUAAACUCACUUGUAAGAGAGAUGAUCCUUCACUAAAAGCUACAUUUUAAUCAUCAUCUUCAUCAUCAUGUAUAUCUAAGCAAAAUCCUAAUUCCGUUGUAACCUCCUCUUUACAAGAUUGAAAAGUGAUCAAGAAUUUUUUGUUUCUUUUGUUAUUCCUUUUUACUUCCUUUAUGUUAGCCAUUUACCAACAGUCACAUAUUUCGAGUAACAAUCCUUUUGCUAUUCAAUUGUGACAAUUCAACAAAGGUUCAACAGUUAAUAUCACACAAUUACCAUCAAAAACUGACCAUAAACCUUUCAACAAUCCCAAAGACAAUGUAUACAUCAACAGCCAUCUCUUCAGCCAGUACAUAUCAUGUUUCCAGUAUCAGUUCAUCUUCACCAAUCAACAGAGUUCUCGUUCAAAUUGAUUUUGAAGUUUUCGGAGACUUUUCAGGAGUAUACUUCACCAAGUAUGCCAAGGAAAUGAGCGAAAAACUUGGCCUGAAAGGAUGGGUCAUGUUAUCCCGACGAGGAACUGUAAUUGGACAAAUUCAGGGAGAAAAGGAGAAAAUUGAUGAAAUGGCUCUUUGGUUAAGACUUCAAGGAAGUCCAGGAUCACGGAUUGAACAUGCAAAUUUCACGAACUGGCAAAUAAUUGAUUCCAUUACUUAUCGAAAUUUCAGUAUUCGUUUCUAAUGAUUUGGAUUGAACGAAUGAUUGGUGGUCAUCUGUAUCUUCCAAUCUCUAAACAAUUUAAUCCCAAUCUUUAAGUUUUGGGAAUGUUAAUAAAAAAAUGAUCGCGAGAUUCAUUUUCAAUUUUUAACCCAAAAAUUGAUGCAGAUUCAAAAUUGAGAUUAAAAGACAAUAAGUAUAUUCAUGUUACAGUCGCCUUGAGACUCUACACUCAAUUUUGCCAAAUGUCUCUAUUUAGCCCUGUUGAGUAAGGGUUAAUUUUCAUUUCAAUUUCUUUGAUUGUUAACUAGCUUAAUCUAAUUUCCUUUUGUAAAAUAUCAGUCAGAAGACUCAUGAAAUCAGUUUAAUGUGAAAUGAUAUUUCAGACUAAACCUUAUCAAAAUUAAACACGAUUCAAAUCUGUA